AUGGAUGACAGUGGAAUAUUGCAAGUUACUCAUGAUUACAGUAGACAAAAUGCUGACACAAGUGAUAUAAAUGGAAUACAGGAUGAAAGUCAAACAAGAUAUGCUGAGUUGAUAACUAUAGAUAAUUGUAAUAAAGGUCUAGGUUUGAAGAUAUGUGGUGGUUGUAGUAUAGAUGGUACAAUGUUACAUGGUAUAUUUAUUAAAUAUGUUAUACCAGGUGGUGUAUCAGCUAGUUGUGGUGGUGUAUCAGCUAGUUGUGGUGGUGUAUCAGCUAGUUGUGGUGGUGUAUCAGCUAGUUGUGGUGAUGUAUCAGCUAGUUGUGGUGAUGUAUCAGCUAGUUGUGGUGGUGUAUCAGCCAGUUGUGGUUUGUUACAAAAUGGAGAUCAGAUAUUAUCAGUAAAUGAUGAAAGUUUAGAAGGUGUGACAAAAGAAAGAGCUAUAUCAAUAUUAAAGAGAGCUGCUGGUGAAAAUCAUGCUGAAAUAUUGGUUACUAGAGAUGAUGAAGCCAGAAGUGAAUAUAUAGAGGUAUUAGAAAAAGAAAACAGUUUAAUGACUACUCCAGUACAUAGCCCUUCUUUUGAAGAAUCAUUGUGUAAUAGUGAUAGUUAUUUAAAUGGUUCAUUAGAAUCACCAUGGAAACACUUUGCUAACAGUCUUGAUUCAUUACCUGUAGCAGACGAAUCUCUAAAGAAAACACAAAAUUCUCUUCCAAGAAAGACAACUCUUGAUCCUUCUGAUAAAUUUGAUCUGGAGAAAUUACAGGGGAGAUUACAUUAUUUGAAUUUACAACCAACUGCUAAUCAACUACAAAUUUUACAUCAACAUCUAAUUAUUGACGCUUACAAUCAAGUUACUUUUGGCAAUUUUAUGCAAGCUGUAAAGUUGGUAUUUGAAGAUGAAUUAAGAAGUAGUAAAUGUAAUAUUUAUAAUAAAAGUAUUAAUUCAACACCAAGAAAAUCACCUAUAAAUUAUACACAACAGGAUGUAUCAUCAAUUUGUUCAGAAGAUUUUCUGUCCGUCUGCCAACAAAGAGAUGAGUUAAAACAACAGAUACACAAACUAGAGGUCUUACUACAGUCUAGAGAGAGUAAAUAUGAACAAGAGUUACUCAAGAUGAGGAAGGAAGCACAAGCUGCUAUAGAUGAAAACAGAUCAUUAAAAACACGAGUCCGUCUGGCUGAACAAGCUCAAACUGAGGCUCAAACUUUAGAAAAUGAUUAUGAAGAGGCUAAUGGAUUAUCAGAUAGUGUAAGUAAACAGUCAGUCACCCUAGCUUGCCAACUAAAGAAAGCUGAAGCUCAGUUAAAGAUUUAUCAUGCUGCAACAGAAAAACUGGUAGCUCAUGUUGAGCAUGUACAAGAUGUUUUAACGCAGCAAGUCACAGGUAAAAGAAAUAAUGAAAGUGAAGGUAUAAAGAAAGAUGGUAGAGAUAAGAGAAAGGAAAAUGUAACAACUUUAAUACAAGAUGGUCAAACUGUUAUUAAACUGGUCAAAUCUCUUACUGAAACAGCUCCUUUACCCUAUGGUUGGGAGGAAGCUUUUAGUGAAGAUGGUAGUAGAUAUUAUAUCAAUCAUAUUACGCAAACAACAUCAUGGACACAUCCAGCCUCUGGUGUUCAACAUAUAUCAGAUAAAAAUAAACCCAGUACUUCAAAAUCCAAAAGCUGA